UUGCACCAACAAAUUGCAAAAUGCAACAAAAAUGUUGAUUUUCUAACUUUGCAUUUUCAUAUAUUAGUGUAGGUGUAGAUAUAUGCGAAGUUUUUUUGAAGAAAUACCGCUGAUUUUUAUAAAUUCCUUACAGUCAACUAUUUGCUUACAUGUAUUUUUUACACACAUAGUGUGUGGGUGUAAUAUAUUGUGAAUGAAUCCCCAUAUAUAGUUAAUGACAUUGUCAUUUAAUCAUUAUAAUUAAAAAAAAAAAAAAAAAAACACCAUGGAUGCUGUAACCAAAAUAUAUGUAAAUAUGGGAGAAACAAUUAUAAAAAACUUGGAAUUGAACAAAAUACGUCACCGAACAAAAAAUAGUCCUGGAUUAUGGAUUGGUCCAUUAAUGGGUUUUUGUGCGACAUCAACAUUGUUAUAUGAAGAUCAUAGUUAUUCUGAAAUCUGUUUAUUGGAAGGAUUGACUGGAAUUGGAUUAAUUAUAAGUUGUUUCAUACUCUAUAUACUUUUAUCCACAAAAAAUGUAGUGGUUAAAGAUUUUCAGGUGGUUUACUUUCUUCCCUGUAUCGUAACAUCCACAUUGUUACUUCUUGUUGCUAACAAAGGAUUGCUAGUGAGUGUAGCAUGGGGUUCAAGUGUUGGAAGUUUAAGUACCUGGGGUGUUGUUCAAGUGAUGUCAAAUUUUCCUGGUUGUUUUACUGUUGGCGAGGCUACAGCAGUGACACAUGGACUUGUCCUGUUUUUAUUAUCAGCCGCCACAAAUAUUCCCCUUAGAUAUCAUUUACCACCAAUUCAUGAUAAUGAUAUUGCCACAGUAAUAUUGCAAGUGGGAAUUAUUUAUGUACUGUCCCUUUGUUUAGUGUGUAAAAUUUUCCCUCAACUACGACAAACGAAACAAUUUUACGCAUGGAUUUUCAUUACAAUAUCAUUAUGGAUAUUUCCAUCUCUACAUACUCUGUUAGAUCGGAGUCCAAUUCUAUGGAUAUUCUUUUAUAUAUUCAGCAAGUCGUCAAGAAUAUUCUUGAUGAUCUGCUGGUCAAUAUGCUUUUUAUUGGCAUGGUGUUUUAUAAUGUAUAAACUUCAUUCAAAAACAAAAGCAACAACUUCGGAUAGAAAAGUUUUUCAUAUUUUAGCGUCAAUAGUUUUUAUAACAGGACUAAUUUGGGAACCUGUCUUACUGUACAUGGCUAGUGGUGUUGCUUUUGCUCUACUAAUUGUGUUGGAACUGCUUAGAUUUUUAAAUAUACCACCAUUAGGGGAAAUUAUGCGUCAAGGAUAUAAUUUGUUUGCCGAUGAGAAGGAUGAAUUUAUUUCUUUAACACCGCUCUAUUUGCUGUGUGGUUUAUCUUAUCCUUUAUGGAUGCCAGCCAACGAUACAGCACUUUUACCAUUACUCAGCGGUGUUCUCACAGUUGGAAUUGGAGACGCGGCUGCCAGUUUUGUUGGCAGCAAUUGGGGCAAACAUAAAUUAAAUGAAUCGAGAAAAACAAUGGAGGGUUUAGUUGCCUGUAUUAUUUCACAAUUGAUUUUAAUUUAUUUUCUUGCAUUUUUUGGUUUAAUUGAAGAUAACAGACAUUUGCUUAGAAGUACAUUUGCUGUGAUUGGAGUUUCUAUUGUAGAGACAAAAACCGAGCAAGUUGAUAAUUUGGUUAUGCCACUUCUUAUGUACCUUUGUCUUUUGUUGUGAAAAAGAAAAAAAAUUUGUCUGUUAUAUUCUUGAGUUAAAA